AUGCCUCCGCCACCUUGGUCACCUCUACAACCCCCGGCGGUGCAUCUUCAGCGAGAUCACCUCGCCGAAGGCUCCAACGUUUCCCCUCUGACGGCCGUACCCGACUCGUUGCUGGGGAAAGAUGGCGCGCGCCCUCCUAUGCGAGACUACCUUCGCCUCUGGAUCAAUGCGAAUCGGCCGGACAAGAGGGUUGUGGAGGACUCCCAUGACCUCGGCGACCAAGCGUUGACGCACAGGUCCAUCAACUCCAUCGUCCGAACUCAAACAAGUCAAUCCAUCAAUAACGAGGUGAUCAACCCCGAGCAGGCGGGCAUGGCCAACUUGAGCGAUGGACGGGUCUUCAACAGGGAUGACUUUGAGGUCGGGCUCGAGUCCAAGAAGCCGGGUGACCUGGUAGAGAUGAGAAGCUCCAGCUCCAGGACGCCCGUAUUCGCGGUCUACCUUGGCUUCAUAGCUUCACGGCAUCACUUCUACGGCCAGCAGGGGCGUUGGAUUAUGAGCACCGGCUUCACUUCCCUCUUCACCGUGUCCAAUUUCGCCAGCCAGGCCGAGAUCCAGCCUAUUCUGGACUCCCUACCAAGGGUCAACUCGACGGAGGAAUUUGACGAAGCCCGCAUCAACGACCGCGGACCCCCGCGAGCGGUUGGAAUGGCUCUCAUUGAGAAGAUGCACAACUUCAUGACAGAAGCCAACACGGUGCGCCUCCAGAAUCUCGACAAGCUGGACCGCAUCAGGCAGCUCGUGGCAGCAGAGACGCACACCAAGUACCUCAGUCUCUUUGAGAUUGCCGACAUGCUGCUCCCUGCUUCUUUGAAGAAGGAUGGCAAAUUUCCUGCGACAGCAUUGUUCGCCGUUCACACGACCCUGUUCAGCGACGAAAUCAUCUUCCGCCCCCUGAGCCCUUCCAGCGACUGUCAUCGGCGGGACCAUCUGUUUGAGGUCUUCCCGACGACCAUGGCCGAUGUGCUCGCCACCGUGUCGACCAUUGUUCGUCACUACUGGGUAGUGACGGACAAAUUUCCACUCGAGUCCCAGGAAGGUGUGCUGAGUAAGUGCGGCGCGCUCAAUCACUUCAUCAACAGGUGCCGGCGCCUGAUCCUCAAAUACAGAGAGCGACGGGCUUCGGUCAAUGGGUACAUUGUCCCGAGUGAAAAGGAGUCCAUCGUCGGUGACCUGGAAUGGACAAGCGACAGAGGACAUCAGCAAAUCAUACAAUUCUUGCAAUGGUGGGCGAGUUAUGACCUGUUCGAGCCCGGCUCAAGGUAUUCCACCUACGGGUCGACCAUCUUGAGGGCCACUGGCCUCUACCCGGACAGGUACCUCGACCAGUCGACAGCGUGGACAUUCCUGCAGGAAUUGGGCAUCAUACCGCUAUGGGAGGUGCCCUCGCGCUACCGCGUACGCUUUCCGGGCACGGACAUUGUGGUGGGUGGAGGCAUAUCCCGCAAUGAUGAGCCCAAAGUCAAGGAGUCUCUACGCGAGGACAUUGCGGCCGAGUACCGCCACGGGCGGGAUCAGCAGCGCGUGUUCUGCAUUGACAGUCCUGAAGCAAUCCUCAUCGAUGACGGUGUGUCCCUUAAGCCGACCGACAAGAGCGACGAGUUUUGGAUCAGCAUCCACGCCGCCGACCCGGCGUCUGUCAUACGGCCAGACUCGCCGCUUUCCAAGUACAUGGAGCUCAUACCUGAAAACAUCUACCUCCACGGCCACUUCCAAGCCAUGCUCUCUGGGCAAGACGGUGGCGGGCCGGACAAGGCAAUCCAGGACCUGGUUCAAAAGUACUCCUUGUCAACGGGCAGUCCAGCUCUGACCUUCAGUGCCAAGGUGAACAUGGCCGGUGACGUUCUGGCGCACAAGAUCGAGCCGACUGUCUUGUCGGAUGUCACAUACCUCGAUCCGGAGGAUGUCGCUGCGUUCUGCCUGGAGCCUCGUCCUCCGCCUAUGCAGAAGCAAGAGCUGGUCGUUGGGAAGAAGCCUGCCACAGACACACUCCCAUCGGGCGCACUCGCCUCCAGCCGAAAGAUGUCCAAGGCGGCCGACCUCGCGCAGCCCGACAAGGAAAGCCUGUUGACGCUCUAUCGCCUUGCGGAGGCUCUGAAACGGAAGAGGGUCGAGAAGGGGGCAACGCCUUAUUUCCCGCCGGGUACCUCUGUCGACGUCGUCUUCCCUCCAGUCAAGACCAAUUCGAAACUGCCCUCGGGUCUGAUCCAACGGCCUGGCGAUCCUUAUAUCCGGGCGCAUACCGCAGACGAUCACAACUGCUCCGUCGUCGGCAAUCUCAUGGUCCUGGCGGGCGAGGUCGCCGCACGAUGGGCCCACGAGCGCAAGCUUCCCGUGCCGUACCGCAGGGACGUUAGCUCGGCACGGUACGACGAGGUGCGCAAGUUUGUCAGCGAGCAGGUGUACCCGGACGUGGAGAAGGGCAUUGCGCCCGACUUUGACAAAAUCGCCAGAGUCCUCGUCAUGACGGGGGGUGUGCAGCUGUCCACCGACCCAGGGCCGCACUUCAUGAUGGGCAUCGACAUGUACACAAAGACCACCUCGCCCCUCCGGCGCUUCUCCGACCUGAUCGCACACUGGCAGAUUCACGCGGCGCUGGCAAAGGAGCACAGGCUCCAGAGACCCCUCGACCCCGCGCAGGACGACCUGAACGCCAUUCUGCCCUUCCCCGAGGCGGAUCUCAAGAACACCCUCGCCCUCCUGCACAUGCGUGAGAAGAUGGCCCGCGUCGUGUCGCGGGGCGAGAAGGACUGGAUUCUCAUGGCAUUGGCCCGGGCGCAUCGCUUCGACGGCACGGCACCCGGUAAACUACGCUUCACAGUCACGUCCCGGUGGAAGUCAGGCGUGAUUGGUACCCUGGACCUGUUCAAGCUAAGGGCCACCAUGCGGGUGCAGGACAUGAACAACAAGGCACUGUUGAUGAAGGUGCACGUCGGUGAUCAGUUCGACGUCGAGCUGCUCAACGUGGAUCCCUACCAGGGCACGGUGGAGGUGACCGCGCUAGACUACAUCCCCCGGGAGAGGGCGAAGCCCACGCUGGUCGGCGAACCAGUCGCUUCCUAG